AUGACUCAAAAUAAGAAAGCUUCCAAAAGAUCUUCGGAAUCUCAAUCAAGGAUUCGUACCAUGAGACAAGGGCAACAAAAGAUCAAACUUGAUAUUAAGAAACCUUCACCUUCUUUGCCUCCAUUACCACUUCCCUUUCCGCCGACUCAAAAAGUUGAACAAAUUGUAACCAAAUUAGUCGCGAAACCGAGAUUGGCAAGAUUCCCCAAUGCAUUCAUCAUGUAUCGUAAUGAGUACGUUCUAUUCCUCAAAUCGAAAAAUUAUCAUAUUUCCAUGACGGAAUUAUCUCCAAUGAUUUCAACCUCUUGGAAGAAAGAACCAGAGUAUGUUAAAGAGACCUAUACGAAACUUUCAAGCGAUGCAGAGAAAAUGUACGUUCGUGAGACUGGGAACACCCAACCACAGAUCAACUAUAAAUAUUUGCCAACUCAACGUCCCACGUUGAAGGAAUAUUCUUCAAAACUUGAACCCGAAAUUUCGAUUCCUAAAUUAAACGAGUCUCAUCUACCUCAACUAAAUGCCUCGAAUUAUGAUUUCUUCAAUGAUUUCAAUAUUUACGAUCGAUUACUUCAAUCAUUUUCAAUUUCUGCUCCUAACGCAUUCCAACGAAAUUUUGCAAAAGAGCCUCCCGUGAAUGGCGAUAUCGCCCCCUUCUCCAUUGGUACGACAUCGGAGCUCGCCAAAUAUUCCCUUGAACAUUCAUCCCUUUCUUCGACAAAGAUGGAUAACCCGAUCGUCCAUCAAGAGAAUUGUUUCACUACGGAUCCAAAUUUUUUCCCUUGGACUCCUAAUAUUUCUCCCUCGAUUCAAGACGAUCUUUCAAAUAUUCAUUCCCCAACUCAUCUUCCACAAACCCCACAUUGUUUUAGUCCAUCAUUUUCCCCAACUACUCCUUUGGAAGACUUGAUGAACUCCCCAGCUCUCAUAGGUUUAGAUACUCAAAUGUUGGAAUCAAUGGAAUCGAUGUCACCUUGCUCAACUUCUUCGUCACCUUCUGAUGCUUCUUCAUUUGAUGAUAUUUCUUCUCUAUUAUUCUCGUCAGAACUCGAUGAAAGUAGAUUCUUUGAGAAAGCUGGAUUUUCUGCUCCAGCUUAUACCACAGAAUCCAUAAAUGCUCAAUCAUCACUUCAAUCUUCCGACCUAUAUCAUUUGUAUUCCGGACAAUCAUUUGCAACUCCUUCAACAGUUUUUAACGAUAAAAUUUAA